AGAUGUGGUACUGGGUCUUCCUCUGGGCUCUCUUCUCCUCUCUCUUUGUCCAUGGUGCUGUGGGAGUAUUAAUGUUUGUGAUGCUGCAGAGGCAUAGGCAGGGGAGACUGAUCUCUGUCAUUGUGGUCAGCAUUGGAUUUCUGGGUUCUGUAACAGGAGCAAUGAUAACCAGUAAGUCU